CGUGCGUGCGUGCGCAGUGUCUUCGUGCAGCGCAGUCCUGUCGUCGACAGUCUGCUGUCCAUACUCACCACCCUGAUCCCCUUCCGCCGCCCAGUUGCAUUGUACGGCGCCCGUUGUGCCACGAGGUGUGUGCGUGCUCUCAUCGUCUGGCAGCGAGCAAGCGGGCAAACAGCAUUCCCUCGCCAGCCCGCGCCGAAACGCCAGCCACGACCCCGACUCCUCGCCAUCACCCAACCCGCGGCGCUUCGCUCGCACCACCACCCACCGUCCCCCUUCCACCGCUGGACAACGGCGAGCGCGCGCAUCGACGAGCCGGGCUGGAUGUGUGCGCACCGCGACUAGCCCACCGUCGCCUGACCCGGUCUGCGCUACAUCUCCUGGCGGCCGCGUCGAAUCCCCGAACAUCACACCUGCCUAGAACAUGUCCUUCUUGUUCAAAUCGUCCAAGAAGGGCGGGUCCGGUCCUGUCGCCAGCUCCAAUGCGCCGUCAUUACACGCCGUCCGAGAGCAUACCCCCAGAGAUGCCGGCGCACCCAGCCAAAUACCUACGCUGAACGGCCACCAGUCCAAUGGCGCGAAGCCAGGCUCACCUACACCUCCGCAGAGCGUGAACAACAGUUUGAACUCAAUAUCGGGCUUCGAAAAGCCCUCGCCGCAAGCACGGCCGGCCGAUGAGCGGAUCCAAGCGCCUCGAGACGAUGGCCCGCGGCCAGAGCAAAAGUCACUGCGUGAGAGAAGAGAAACGAGCCAGGAUGCAGUGGGCCAGAGGACGCCUCUGCAACAAACGCGCCCUUCACAGGACGCAUCGCCCUAUCCGUGGUCGCAGCGCCGUCUGAACUUCACAGUUACACACGCGAACCCCUUCCCACGCUAUGGCGCUGCAGUCAAUUCCAGCUCGAGCAAAGAUGGUUCAAUAUAUCUCAUGGGCGGACUCAUCAAUGGUAGUACCGUUAAGGGCGAUCUAUGGAUGGUUGAGUGCGGCGCCGCUGGGAUGGGAAGCAUGACCUGUUUUCCUGUUGCGACCACGAGCGAAGGGCCAGGGCCACGUGUGGGACAUGCGAGCUUGUUAGUCGGCAAUGCCUUCAUUGUAUUUGGUGGAGACACCAAAAUGGACGAGGGCGACCAGCUGGACGACACGCUGUAUCUCCUCAAUACAUCCACGAAGCAAUGGUCAAGAGCGUUACCUGCUGGACCGCGUCCGCCCGGACGAUACGGGCAUACAUUGAACAUUCUUGGCAGCAAGAUUUACAUCUUUGGAGGUCAGGUGGAAGGCUACUUUUUUAAUGAUCUGGUAGCCUUCGACCUGAAUGCUCUACAGCAAGCAACGAACAAAUGGGAAAUCCUCAUCCAAAACACGAUCGAUGGUGGUCCACCACAUGGCCAAAUCCCGCCAGCCCGUACAAACCACACAAUGAUCACCUGGCAAGAUCGGCUAUAUCUCUUCGGAGGAACAGAUGGCAUUCACUGGUACAACGAUGUCUGGUCAUACUCCCCGCACACCAACACGUGGUCGCAACUAGACUGCAUCGGCUAUAUUCCAGCAGCACGUGAAGGACACGCCGCGGCACUUGUUGGCGAUGUCAUGUACAUCUUCGGCGGACGAAAUGAGGAAGGCAAUGAUCUGGGAGAUCUGGCAGCAUUCCGCAUCAGCUCGCGCAGAUGGUACACCUUCCAAAACAUGGGUCCGAGCCCCAGUCCCAGAUCAGGCCACAGCAUGACCACUGUCGGAAAGUCCAUUGUCGUUCUGGCCGGUGAGCCCAGCAGUGCGCCUCGUGACCCAGUCGAGCUCGGUCUGGCCUACUUUCUCGACACUGCGAAGAUUAGAUAUCCUCCUGACGCGACGUCUGGCACUCCACCAUCGGGUAGGCGACCGAGCGGCGAGAGAGCAGGGUCGCUAAGCAACAUUCGAGGCCCGGGCCCAGGUCAGAGAGCAGAGCUGAUGGAUCGCGAGAGGAGUGGGAGUGCUGGAGAGAACCGCAUUCGGUCACCAGAUAGCGGGUCAAGACUUCCACGACCGGGACAACCACCACCUUCUGGCCCGCCACCCCAAGCGCCGGGACAAGUUCGUCAGAUCGGCCCACCCGCGACCACACGGCAGCCCACACGACCUGCGGAGAGGGCACUCAGCCCUACGAAUGAGAGCAUCCGACCUCAGCAACGCUUUGAUAGCGUGGCUGCAAUCGCAGGAUCUGCAGCGGCUCGCAAUUCUCCUGUUCCGAAAGAUCGAUCUAUGCCUACUUCGCCCACUUUCGAGAGAGAUCAGACUACCGCGCCACCACAAGCAGAGGAGCAGAUACGAUCGAAACCCGAAACCUAUACUCCUUCGCAAGAGCUGCCUGGAUCGUUCCCACAGACUCCUGGUCUGGAGUCACGCAACGAGUCACGAACUGGGUCAAGAAGUACGUCUCGACAAGCGCAAAACCGUUACGAGGAGCCAUCACGGCCUUCUGUUGAUAAUGAGCCACUCUCUCGCGUGCGCAAGAUCUCAGAAGAACAUGAGAGGCCACAAGAUUCUGGACUUGGUUCAUCGCCGGCAUUGACCUCGCAGUAUGAAGAGUUGGCUAGAGAGCUCGAACUGAUCAAGCAAAAGAAUGCCUGGUAUGCCUCCGAGCUGGCUCUGGCGAGGAAAUCCGGUUACCAGGCGCGAUCCACGGAGUCACCUGUCUUUGACGAGAGCAGCAAGCAAACUUUCAAUGAUGAUGACAAGCCUUUAAUCGAGGCCUUGCUGAAGAUGCGCGGCGAAUUGGCGAAAAUGCAGGAGACGAUCGAAGAGCAGAGCAACAACGCAGCCACACGAGUCGCUGAGAUUGAGCGGCAACGGGACACCGCAAUCAAUGAGGCUGUGUUUGCAAAGGCGAGACUGGCGGGGUCAGGGGGCUCCCAACCAGACGGCGAAACGAAGCAGAUGGAUCGUGAUAACGAUAUUAGCCGUCGACUUGCAGCGUCCCUCGAAGCGCAAAGCGAGCUGAAGCGUCAAAUUGACACCUUAAUCCAAGGAGCUGAGGCUGAGAGAAAGGCACGGGAACUCGCCGAGGAUACUGCCAACGCUGCGCAGAAACGAGUCUUGGAGCUUGAUCAGUAUAGGCAACAGCACGCUUCCGAGGUUGAGAGCCUGCGCUCUGAGCUGCACGAAGCGCAAAAGGCACAUCGUGAAGCUGCAGCAAGCCACACGGAAAUCCUGACACAACAUAAGAUUCUCGAGGUGGACAAGAACGAGCUCCGGCAAAAGCUGGAAUCCAUGACAAACCAAGGCAGCACUCAGACCGAAAUGCUUGCAUCGUUGGAGAAGGCUGUGCAGGCCUCCAAGGAGAAAGCAGACUUAUUGCAACAACAGCUUGACGACGCACGCGGCAGUCGGGACGAGCUCGAGUCCAGCCUGCGCGAACUGAAAUCUCAGCACGAUCAGCGCGUCGGAGAGUUGGAGAGCACCUCGAGACGCCUGCGGGAAGCUGAAGAGCUAGCCGAGAAGCAUGCCGAGGAGGCUCGCACGCACCGCGAAGCUGUCAUGAGUGGUCUGCAGCAAGUCACAAGCCGCGACGUGGGAGCCAACGGUGUGCAGGACGAGCGUGUUGAGAUCCUGCAAAAGCAAGUCGAGACUGCGCAAGCCCAGGUCCGACAGAAUCAAGCAGCUGCCGAUGCUGCUUCUGAGAAACUGCGACGAGCAGAGGAGCGCAUUGCGGGUCUUGAGUCGUAUCAAGAACAAGCCAGCCGCGAGGGUCUCUCCAUCCGGAAGCAAUUGCAGGUUGCGAUGAAGGAGAACCAGGCUCUUGGCAGUGAAAAGGCAGAGCUGGAGCAGAAGCUGGAGAGACAUAUGCUGGAGACGAACGCUUUGUCUGUGCAACACGCCUCUCUCAAGGAUAUACUCAACGAGCGUGGCAUCAGCGCUGCAGAUAAGAGGCGAUCACGAGGACUGGACUCGCCAGGCAGCAACAGAUUCAGCACUCCUGACACCUCUCGAGUUCGAGAAAUGGAGCAGCAACUCGAAGCUCAAGCUAAGAACCACGAAGACUUGAAGCAGCAAUUUGAGGAAGUCAGCGGCCGAAGCGACAAGAUGAAACGCGAAUACGAGGAGAAGCUUGCGGCUCUUGACAACGACCAUCAAGCUGCAGUCAAGUAUCUUCGUGGCACGGAGAAAAUGCUUUCUAAGAUGAAGCAGGAAAUGCAACGUGUCAAGAAUGAGAACGCUGAUCUGAGCAAGAAGCUAACCAAGGCCAAGGAAGACAUGGAGUCGAGCGCCAGAAGCACUCCAGCGACUGAGCGUAAGAACGAAGAUUGGGAGGGCGAGCGUCAGAAACUCAAGCAAGAAGUCUCGGCUGUGCAGACUAAACUACAAGGGUCAAUUGACGAUCUCGAGAGCCGUAUCACGAAGAUGCAGGAACAGCUUCGCACGACCGAACAAGAGCUUUCGCAAAGCAAGACAUCGCAAAGCACUGCGCAGACUGAGCUCGAGAACUUGCGAUCGACGAUUGAGAGUUCCAAGGCCGACAUGGAGCGAUUGCAGAAGGAGAAUGCCUUGCUCGAAGAACGAGCUCGCGACGCUGAGAACAAAGUGCAACUAUUGCUGGAUCAGGUUGAGUCGAGUGUCGACAAUUAUCGCAGGCAAUCGAGGAUGCGCAGCCCAGGUGGCACACCCACACUCAAUGGCGUGGUGCACCAACGUGCUCCUAGCGUGAGCGAGUCGAGCGUCGAUGCUGGUGAACUGCCUGAGCAUCUGAAGAGUCAUUCACGACAGAUCUCCACAGGCGGCGAUUCGACCUACUCCGCUUCCGACUCUGCAACCGGCAACGAGGGUCGCAACUCCAUGGCUCUCGAUUCCCUUGCCUCCGAGCUUGACGCUCUGCGGACACACUGGGAGACGACGAACAAGAACUAUCGUCUAUCUGAUCGCUUUGAUUAUGACAAGACGCCAACCACAGCCGGACCUAACACGGCGGGUGGCAACAGCAGUCUUAUGGACUGGAGAAGAGGGCUGGAACUCGAUGAUGACGACGAUAAUGCUACACGACCCGGCACCUCGGACGGCUCCAAGAAGAGCAAGAGCCCGGACGCACAACGAAAGCCUAGUGUGGACGAACCCACACCCACUGCUACACCGCGGCUCGGUGUGGCAGGCGGAAUGCUGUAAAGACGAGCCAUCUGUACGAAAACAACAUAUUACUGUGGCGUAAUAAAAGGCGUUGUUCGAUGACUCUAUACUGCUGGACUGGAUCCUUCGAGUAUAUUGUGACGAAUACGAGAAUGAAUGGAAACAAAAAACGAGAAUGAGGCCUGGUCUCGACGAUCAUUGUAUGUUCUUCUGUGUGGGUCGAGCGAAGGAGGCAAGAAAUUGGUAUCUGGGUCGGAAUGGCGGGCGGCAUGUUUGGCUUGGAUUUUUCUAUCUGCCAUGAGUUCGAAAGACACGAAACUCUGUACCCGUGGGCGGUACUUGCUUUUCUGUAGACAUAUACCCUCUGAUUGUUG